UGGGAGGAGUAGGGGUAGAUCUGAGGGUGCAUUGGAGAGGAGAUAGUGAUUAAGGUGUGAGAGAAAGAGAGACAGAGAGAUGGAGACAUAAAUGGGCUUUAGUCAAGGAUGAUGGUUUAGUAUGGGAUGGGACUGAAGGGGAUGCUAGUGCUUAAGCGAAGGGGUAGAAACAGAGAGAUAGAGGAAGGAGAAAGAGAAAUUUUUUUAUUUUUUAUUGAUUUUUAAAAAUUCUAUGAUUAUUUUAUUACACAUAAAAAAAAUAAAAACAAAAUUGUGGGACUCAUAAAUACAACGUAGGCAACUAAUAGAAGAUUUGACGGAAACUCUAACGACGAAACCGCAUUGGAAAAAAUUGGAAAGAAUGUGAUACUUAAUUAUUAAAAUUGAGAAACUAAGCCUUUAUUUUUUAGUAGAAUACAUACAGGCACCUUGGCUUGAACGGUUGAAAUUGAAUCCAUAUUUAUAGAGAAAAAGCUUCUUUUUUUUUUUUUUGGGUCUGAUAGAGAAAAAGCUUUAGCUCCUAAUUAAAAGUCCUAACCAUCGAGAUUCUUGUGACAAAAUAUUUCCUUCUAGGCAAAUCAAAUCAGUACCUCAUCCUGGCCUUUGGGUCUCCUUAAAAUAGAGAGGGAAGAAAGAAAUAAAACAAGAGGGUCUCUCACUCUCCACCUUCGUUCCUUUCGAUCAAACUUUCUCGAGAGAUUUCAGACCAAAAACAAAUUUCUAAAUAGCGAAAGUGGUAUACGAAACAUCAGAGUGACCAUGUCCUUGGGUUAUGCAGAGAAGCUUUCCUACAUAGAAGAUGUGGGCCAAGUCGGAAUGACUGAACAUUUCGACCCACCUCCCGUUUUGCAAGAAAAAAUUGAACGGCUCGCCAUGUUGGUACAAAAGAGCAAGCAUCUAGUGGUGUUUACAGGUGCAGGAAUUUCGACUUCUUGUGGUAUACCUGAUUUUCGAGGUCCAAAGGGAAUUUGGACUCUGCAGCGUGAAGGCAAAGCAUUGCCUGAAGCAUCAUUGCCCUUUCAUCGUGCAAUGCCAAGUAUGACUCAUAUGGCUUUGGUUGAAUUGGAGAGGGCUGGAAUUUUGAAGUUUGUUAUUAGCCAGAAUGUUGAUGGCCUUCAUCUUCGAUCUGGAAUACCGAGGGAGAAACUUGCCGAGUUACAUGGGAACUCCUUUUUGGAAACCUGCCCUUCUUGUGGAGUUGAGUAUUUGAGGGAUUUUGAGGUGGAGACUAUUGGAUUGAAGGAGACUUCAAGACGGUGCUCAGAUAAAAAAUGUGGAGCACGGCUUAAGGAUACAGUUCUUGACUGGGAGGAUGCAUUGCCCUCAAAGGAGAUGAAUCUGGCUGAGAAGCACUGCAGGAUAGCUGACGUUGUUUUAUGUUUGGGGACAAGUUUGCAGAUCACUCCUGCAUGCAACCUUCCUCUAAAAUCUCUCCGUGGUGGGGGGAAGAUUGUAAUUGUCAACCUUCAGAAAACUCCGAAGGACAAGAAAGCAAAUUUAUUGAUCCAUGGGCUUGUAGAUAAGGUUAUUUCAGGUGUCAUGGACUUCCUAAAUCUUCAGAUUCCUCCAUUUGUCCGGAUAGAUUUUUUUCAGAUCAUUCUAACUCAAGCCUUGAGUUCAGAUAAAAAAAAUGUGAACUGGAACCUCCGGGUAGCAAGUGUACAUGGACAGAAAGCUCCAUUGCCAUUCAUUAAAUCUAUUGAGAUAUCCUUUUUAGAAAAUCAAGGGUAUAAGUCAGCUAUUUUACAGAAGGAACCAUUUCAACUGAAAAGGAGAACAUUACAAGCAAAGUCAUUUGAAAUGGUUAUGAAAUUCAACUUCAUAGAUAGUUGUGGUUGUCCAUCCACAGAAAUUAUUGUCCCUCUUAAUUUUAAGGUUUCAAGAGACUGCUUCGAGCUUGAUAAGGAUGCCAUAUUGCAAAAGCUCAGACACACAGCAAUUCAAGAAUCAUGCUGUGGGCAGAAUGCAGUUGUUGAGAGAAAUGCCAUGUUGACCCCAAAAACUGAGGUCAUUGUAUAUGCCAUUGUAACCAAUGUUAUCCGGUAUAAGAAGACCACUGAAGCCUUGGAAGCUGAUUCUUUAGGUAAUGGUGUUAAAAGGCGAAGGGAAAGUGCAAAUGGUACUGAAACAUCUAGGAAGCGAUCAAAAGUGCACAGGCGCAAACCUAGGUUUUAGAAACCGAAUGGUUUGUGUUAAAAGGCGAAAAGAAAGUGUACAUGGUACUGACUCAUCUAGGAAGCGAUCAAACGGUCACAGGCGAAAAUCUAGGGUUUAAAACUGAAUGGUUCUGUUUGGUUUUUUGUAAAUAUGUUACUGUACAUUAGGACUGACCAAACAGUAUGAUUGCUGGCCUAGAAAAGAACUCCAGAAAGUAUGAUUAGUAGGGACUGGGUGAAUUUUGUUAGAAGCUACACUCGGUCUCCCGGCUGAAUAGGGGUUGGCAUAACUUGGUAAUUUAGUUUUCAUAAUCUUGUUUCUCAGUGGGAGUUUCAGGUACUUUAUUAUGAAGCCGUUAUUGCUGCUUCUAUAUACUUUUUUUGUAAACUUCUCAAUAUCUCGAGAUUCGUUUUGUUUUGUUGCUGAAAAA